UUACCACGGACUAAGUCGAAGGGCACAGGGCAGCUAUGAAGGCGAAUUUACAAGAACAGAGGCGGGACCGACUCUCUCCGUUUGGCGGAACUCGGAGGAUACUCUCUACAAUUUUGUGGUGGAGAGGCUACGCGAGCGUUACCAUGGUUACCUCCGGGCCGGUUGGCGUUGCCUGUAUCGUGUGCUGGUUGCUUUGUCUUUCCUGCGCCAAGCUUCCCUUUCCUGUCAUGGAACGGGAGGGAACCUGAUGGCACCCCCUGCUCCGCCCAAAAAAAUAAUGCUUCAAAGUCUAGCACAGUUGCUGCAGGAUUCCGGGGACUUGAUUCUGGAUGGUACUAGCACCUUGACCUUGUUCACUUCCACGCUUCAAAUUCUCAAUCAGAUCUUUGAGCAGUACCUACUGCCACGAAAUCAGAAUCAUGGCUUCAUUGCACUCUCAUCACACCCUGCUGAAACAUCUGCUAUUCUUCAAGCCCAGUUUCUCUUUGAUGUCUUGCAAAAAACUCUCUCACUGAAGCUCAUAUUUGUUCCUGAAUGUUCUGUACCAGCUCCUGUGAAGAUUUCUCCCUUUAAAUCAUUGCGACGUUUAGAGUUGAGAUGUGUUCCUCUGCACUGUCUUCAGGGCCUGAGGUUUGUUUAUUCCCAGUUAGAGGCUUUGACCUGUUCCAGAUGUGUGAAUUCUCUAGAAGAGAUCCUUUCUGCAUGUGGUGGAGAUCUUAGUUCUGCACUUCCUUGGCUGGAAUUACAUACAGCCAACUUCAGCUACAAUUCUAUUGCAACCUUGGAUGAUUCACUGCAAUUAUUAAAUGUCCUGAAGGCUUUGGAUCUUAGUCAUAAUCUCAUCCAGGACUGCCAGCACUACCUGACUGUGCUAAUGGAGCUGGAAUAUUUAAAUGUGGCAUAUAAUUUCCUGCCUAAGGUGCCUGAACUUGGGCUACAUAGUCGGGCUAAACUGAUGAGCCUAAUUCUCCGAUACAACCACCUAGCCAACAUUAGUGGUGUGGAACAACUGUCAAAUCUUCAGCACCUAGAUAUUGCCUAUAAUUUGUUGCUCGAACACUCUGCCUUAGCACCAUUGGCUUGGUUGCAUAACUUGAGAAGAUUGCAUCUGGAAGGAAAUCCUUUAUGGUUUCAUCCAAAUCACCGGCUUGCUACUCUAGUGCAUUUGUCUCCUAGAGCUAUUUCUUGUAAUUUCCUCCUUGAUGAAGAACCCUUGUCUGUCUCCAGUUUACAGCACCACUCAAACCUGAAUCGUGCCAUUGCUCAACCACUCUGCCCUUCAGGCUCAGAGAGAAUCAUGAUAAACCGGAAUGCCCUGGAAAGUUCCUAUGCUGCAGACCAAAGUGAUAGCCAGUCUCCUAAAGACAGCACAUCUGCUAUACUAUCAUCUCGGAAGAGAACGAAGGGGAGAAUUAAAGUUCGCAGGGCCAGUAUUUCUGAGCCCAGUGACACAGAACAUGAGUACAGAACUCAACCUCUCUCGGAAGAUAUAUUUCAGCAACAUCAGGCAGAGAUGGAGCGCAUGGACAACGUUCGGGAUCGUUUUGGGGAAAAUUGGCUCCAGUAUAGGCGACAUCUAGAAGCAGAUGGACCCACAAAGUCUACCGUCCACUCUAGCAGCCCCACAGGAGACUCUCUAGACAGCUCUGGUGGGACAUCAGAGCAGAAGAAGAGCACCAUGCAGGAGCAAAAACUUCCUGAUGCUGCAGAAGGAAACGGCCCGGACCUGCCUGAUUCUGAAAUUGCAGUGGAAAAUCCCAAAGCAACAGCAGAAAAUGAUAGAUCAAUAGUCAAAGAAGAUAAAGAUCAGGAAGAAAUACUGGAAGUGGAUCUUUGUCAGCCUGUGCUAGUAAGCCAGAUAGAACGUGAUGGCGACCCAGAGCCAGACUGGAUCUUCCUGAGAGUCACUGCCCAACAUGUUAUGGAAGUGGAGCUGAAAGCAGCCAAGGUUUUACACAGGCUGGAACUACAAAGUCUUCAGAAAGCAGAGACAUCAAAAAUGCACUGGAAAAGAAAGGACCUGGAGCGUGAGUUUCCUGUUCUUACCCUCUAUUUCGACUAUAUCAGCAAGGAGCGUCAGAAACGUUGCUAUGUAGUAUUGGAUGAUGAUCCUGAAUUGUGUAUGAAGGAUUUACUCAGAGUGCUGGCACCUACCCUGGAGAAAAAUAGGAAGAACAGAGGAUUGGCAGAAGGUCCAAAGCUCCAAUGUCUAAAAUGUAAACAAGAAUUCCUUGGGUUCCAGAUACUUCAGUUACAAAGUCAGGCUACAAAAGAGGGUACAGCCAUGUCUGAGCAAGAAAUUGCUGCUUCCAGUGAGACCAUUAUCUGUCCUGGUUGCUCUAGUGAUCAUGUGGUAAUCAUACCAUGUGAGAAGAAUUCGAAUGCUCUAGUGUUUUCUCAGGAUUCCUUCAAUGAAAGCCAACAAGAGGCAGAGUCCGGAAAAUUUUACAUUGGUGAUGACAAUCAUUCUGAAACAGGAACCAGUUCCAGCACCCAGAUUCAAGAACUUAGUAAUGAGCAUGGCAGCGCAGCCCAUUCCAGUUCUCGCAGUUCUGAAGGAGUGGAAGCUUUCAGGAGGGAUUUGAGCUCCAAAAGUCGAUAUUCCUCCCUCAGCCACACAGAUACCAAUGGAGGAAGCUUGAUGGGAAGCUACCAUUAUGGUCCUUCCAGUGGUCACACCCCUUCCCAGCUGUCCUUGAGCUCAGAGCAUGAGGAGCAGUGGAACCUUAGUCCCCCUACCAACAGUAUGUUAGGCAUGCGAGACUUAUUCUCUGUGGACCAUAGGCUAAAACUUUAUUUAGAUAUGGAAGUCUUUGAAAAGGUAGAAGAGUUCAAAUGUUUUUUCAAGGUAGCGGUUGUGAAAAAUGGACGGCCUGGGGAGUUCUUGGCUCUCUUGGUGGCUUCAGAUGUCCGACUUCAUGUGUUGGAGAUAACUGGAGAGAUAAAGGGACAACCAUCAGAUUGGCUGAAGAAGGGAGACUGUCACUUCCUGUCUGACCUCUCUUGCUUAGAGGUGGGGUUAUGUCAUCAAAGCUUGCAUGUGGAGUUUGGGAAUCCCUCUGUCUCCUACAUGCUGCUGUUUCGCAACCAGAGCCACUGCAGAAGAUUUCUCCAAUGUUUGACAUACCUCAUAGAAGAACUGCCAACAAAAAGCAGGAGUAAAAUCCCAGACAGCACUAUGGUAGAAAUGAACUCACAGCACCCAUUAUGGCCAUUGAUUGAUAAGGAUCUUGCAAGAGAAGCUGCGAGUGGUUCAACCAGACCAUUCUUCUACUUACUGACAUACCUCAUCCAAGGUAUGAAGACCGCUCUGUGUGUAUGUGUGUGCCAUUGUUUUUUCAAUGAUAACAAGAAUAUAGCACAAUCUUGUUCAUUGGACUUUUAUAAGUGGCCCAAGCAACUCUUUUUUCCAGGAUCUUCUGCAUUUCCUGUGACUUUGCUGAGUACUCGUAGUAAUAUAUUCCUGGUGGAAGAAGAUCAUCAGCGGCAACAGGCCCAGCCUUCCUCUGGCUCAGGCAGUGAUGUUGAGAAACAGCCCAAGGACUGCAUCCUGCUGAAAGCAAGUGAGCCAAUCAGCAGCAUCAGUGGUGUAGUACUUUACCGUUUCUCCCCUUGUGAUGUAAAGCUGCAACUUUAUGAUGAGGUCUUAAAGGUGGAAAGCACUUGGCAUUUGCGCACAGAAUGUCCUGACUUGCUGGCUGAAUUGGUAGAAUGGCUACGUGUGCCCUGGGAAGAAAUGUUCUCAAUUGCUCUCCGUAAGACAGUAUUAGAAGUGUUGGAGUGAAUUGACUCUCAACUACAACUUUACUGUUCCUCUGAGAUUAGAUGGGUGAUUCUUGGAUCACCUUCCAGUCUUCGUGGCUCAUAACAAUUUUAAAUUUUGCUGCCAUUGGGAGUUUUAACAACAUUUGAAAACUGCAACUGGGUAAUAGGUAUGCAUCCUCUUUCUUCAUAUCCAAAGAUCCUUGGAUGUAUAAAAAUAUAUUCAGUUGACUGUGCAUGGGUCUUAUCCUGUGCACUAAGAGUCAGGCCAGUCUGGCAGAAUAUUUUCUAUUGUACUGAAAAAGAUUCCAGAGUUUCUUCAAGACUGUUCCUGCACUUGUCACUUUUGGUUGGAUAGCAGCUGCUGGAGAUUAUGGUGGAAGUUACACAAAGGAAUUUGAUUGUUCGGGAUUAUGCAGAGAACUGGAUUGUGAUGGAUCAGAAACAUGAACCUGGGAACCCUCACUGCAAAUCUGUAAACUUUCUCACUAUUUUGGCUUCAUUUUGCAGAAUUCAUCAUUCAGACUGGUCUAGAAUUUAGACUGCAAUCCAUGCUGCGCGUGCUGGUUAUUGGAAUGGGGAUUCUGAGAAAUUUUUUGCAUAUUUUUAUCUCUGGGCAUGUAGAGAUAUUUGUGCACUCAGGGGAAAAGUCACUGGAAGCCAUCGCCUUCCCUGGACAAAACAAAGAUAAAUUUUAAGUGUAAACUUUUAUAUGUGGUGUUAAAUAAAAGUGCUUUUUAUGAGC